AUGGGUCCCUCCCUAGCCCCCAACCCACUUACAAGUGCAACCAGACUGAAGGGAGGGUCAGGACUCCCGGGCGCUCCUGGGUUCAAGGGCCAGGCUGGCAUCCCUGGGUCCCCUGGCAUCCCCGGGAAGAGGGGCUACAGGGGGGACAAGGGAGAGCCACGCAUUGCUGCCACGGGAAUUAAAGGAGAACCGGGUUCCCCAGGACUACCAGGCCAGCUGGGACCCAAGGGUGACACAGGCAACAAGGGAGACAAGGGGGAAGCAGGACCUGAAGGCUCAGUUGGACCAAGAGGUCUUCCAGGCCCAACUGGGGAGCCAGGAAAGGCGGAAAUCCACAACAAUGAAAAUGAUAUUCGCAACAUACCCCUGAUGGGCCCCCCUGGAUUACCUGGACCUUCAGGCCCCCCUGGAAACAAGGGUGAAGUUGGUCUGCCGGGUGCUCCAGGUGUGGACGGAGAUAAGGGACCCAGAGGGAAGCCUGGAGAUACUGGUCCUGCAGGCCCAGCCGGUCAUGAAGGGCCCAGAGGGGAGAGCGGUGUCAUGGGCUUCCCGGGACCCAAAGCAGACAAGGGAGACAUGGGUCUAUCUGGAUCACCUGUGAGUGCCUGUGUUAACCACACCUCCUAA